AUGAUCACACCUCAGCUUAAAACACAUAUUAGUUUCAGGGCUAGUUACUUAUUCUCCGCAGAUUAUAAAGACAUUAUGCAAUAUCGUGAUAUGAAGUCUAAACCUUUAGCUCAGCUAAGAUUCAAUGGAAUGAUUUAG